AUGGAAAAGGAGCAGCUGUGCUACGAUAGGAAAGAUGUCCACGGUCAACAUGACUACGAAUGGCUGGAGGUUGGCAAAGGGGAGUUGCCCAAGGGCCCCCAACGUACGGAAAUAUCCCACUCAGCAGGACAUUUAAAACUGAGUGGUGAAGAAGCCUUUUUCCUCACGGUCGAGGAAAAGAAGAAAUGCGGCGGAGCUUUCAACAUGUCGGCGAAAAAGUGA